AUGUCGUCGUUCUGGGACGAUCAGAGGAGGCAGGCGAGGGCGGCUGAAGCUCGUGUCGAUACCGCGCUCAAUGAAUACUCAAGACUCGCUACUGAGUUGUCCAGAGGGUCUACGUCCGCGUGGCCCGGGAAAGACGUCGAAGAUCCGUCAGGCCAAGACGACCACAGGCUCGAACAGGAGAUCGAGGAGCUUCUAAAUGAUCUGUCGACGAGUGUAUCUAAAAUGGCGGCGAUGCUCAUCGACCCUAACGCUCCACCAUCGGCCUCUCAGAUGCAUGCUGUCCAGCGACAUCGAGAGGUCUUAACGGAUUUCGAAAGAGAUUUUCAUAGGACGAAGACAGCUGUCAGGCAUACCCUCGAUCGGCAAGCUCUUUUGGGUGACGUCCGGGUUGACAUUGAGUGCUACAAAAGUCAAUAUGCUUCGGACGCAGACGCCCUUCUGGCCGAGCGAGGCCACAUCGAUAAUUCGCAUCGGAUGAUAGAUGGUACCCUCGAACAAGCGUACGCCACUAGAGCCGACCUUGCCAGUCAGCAAUCAAGCUUGCAGAACAUCUCAAUACGGCUCACUUCAACGGCAGGCCAAGUCCCCGGCCUGAACAACCUCAUUCGCCUUAUAAGCCGGCGCAGGAGAAGAGAUAGCAUCAUAAUGGGUUGCGUCAUUGGCACUUGUACAGUACUGUUCAUCAUGUUCGCGACGAGAUAG